UGUUGCAGCGUCGUUUAGCAUCGCCGGUCAAACAUCGAAUUCAUGCUGUUUUUCUACAAGAAUAUUACAUUCGUUCACGGGACAGAUCGGUCGACUUUUCCCAGUUUCACAAAGUUAUAUACAACCGCAAUCCUAGUCGUUGCACCCGAGUAAAAUAGAUAAAGUAGCUCGGUGUGUAUAAGGCACACGAGGUUAGUCAUUGCGGGCUCCAUUUUGCCUAAAAUCAGUAGUUUUGAUCUGCGUGCUUGUUCCUGCAUCCUGCGAACGAUUUUCUGUCAGUCAGUUGUUUAACCAGCUUGGAACAUACGAAUCAAAUCGCCCAAAAAUGUCUAAGAAUCCGACGAAAGCAGAGCUUAAAGCCGAAAUUCAAUCAAUUCUGAAGGAUGCCAAUUUGGAAGAGACGGCUGCCAAGAAGGUGCGACUGCAGCUGGAGGAAAACCUAAAGUGUGAUCUUUCAAACCGCAAGAAGGAAGUGGACGACUUGGUGAUGGAGUACGUUAACUCACAAGCUUCUUCCGGCGAGGAGGAAGAUGAGGACGACAACUACCGUGGUAAGGGAAAGACGAAGGGUGGCCGUAAGGCGAAAAAAAACAGUGACUACGAAGAAGACGAGGAAGAAGAGGAAGAUGACGAAAAUGACGAUGAUGAGGACUAUUCCGAGGAGGAAAAACCGAAGGGCCGUAAGAGUGGCGGAAAACGUGGCACCCCGGCCAAGCGUGGUCCGACACCGAAGAAGAAGAAACGCACCGCUGUCAGUGAGGACGAGUCGGAUGGCAGUGAGGACGAUGAGGAGGAGGGCAGUGACGAGGAUUACAAGCCACAGAAAGGUGCCAAGGGGGCUAAAGGCGGUAAGGCGGGUGGAAAGAAGCGUAAGAACGAUUCCGAUUCCGACUCGGAUGAGGAUUGGAAGCAAGCGUCGCCAGCCAAGGGCAAGAAAGGGGCCGGUGGAGCAAAGAAGGGCAAGGCGUCCGGGUACACCCGACCGUACACUCUGUCGGCCGAUCUGGCCGCACUUUGUGGUGCGGAGUCACUGCCUCGGCACGAGGUGGUGAAGAAGAUAUGGGCCAUCAUUAAGGAGCGUAAUUUGUACGAUCCCAAAAACAAACAGUUUGCCAUCUGCGAUGCGGAUCUGCAGAAAGUGAUUGGGGUCAAACGGUUCCGUACCUUCGGUAUGCUCAAAUAUCUUAAGCCACAUUUUAUAAACUAGACUAGACUAAAGUGUAGUGAUGAUGAGAACAGGGCAAAAGAAAUUCUGACUCAAAGGUUUCUGCUCCAAAUCCGUAACAGAAAAGACACUAAAGUCUUUAGUUCUCCACGCUAAACUGAAUAAUUACAAGCUCCGCUAAUUAAACACAAUUAUUACAAAUGCCGUUUUAAUUGUUGAAGAUCCUAAUAUGGUUCCCGCGCGCUGGCAGGGUGCUAAAAAAUAUUUUAAAGAUUCUUUCAAACUCGUUUAUUUUCGUAGUUUGUAUAUUUCCAACCGAAAAUUAUAAUCUAGUAUUGCCGGCAAAUGUAUCGGCGUGAAUAGUCGUUCACUGCAAUUCUAUAAAAAAAACAACCAUCUAUCACACUCUCGAGUGUGACUCACAAAUGCGUUCCUGAUUUGCUUUUCAUAACAUAAUACGAAUAAUUAAACUCAUAAACAUAUUCGUAUUUACAGCCAACGCGGAAAAGAAACUGAUGCAAUAUCGGAGAAAUAGACAAACUUUAAUUUUAGUUGUUCAGUGAAGGACAUCAAUCCGACACUCGGGACCCAGCCACCAUACCGAACGAUGGGCGAACUACUGCAGAGCCUCUUUUAUUUUGUGAUUUUAUACUUCUUUCGUGCGAUUAUUUUAUGAAAUAUGCGUGUUUAAUGUGCGAUCCAAACGUAGGAGGUUCCAAACAGCCAAUGCAAAGGUUGAAAAUCUAUAAGACGGUAAUUUGUGUGUGUGAGUGUGGUCAGGAGUAACGUUUGGCUUACUCCGAAUAUCUUUCGAUUACCGAUAAAACAGGGUCAAGAUAUACAAAAGGAGCCAACAACGCGAUUGUAGCACGAGCUCCUCCUUUGAAGUUGGCCCUGCGUAUAGGAAAGUGAAACAUUAAAUAAUUCUCUAUUCGUAAGAAAUGUCCGUUUUGAUGGUAGUGAAAGAAGGAAAAAUUUAACGGAAACUCAUUGCGCUCUAGAUGUAAUUCCGUUCCGAUCGACGAAACUCAUUCUGAUUUACAAGAAAAAUUACAAACUAUCCAAGAACCGCGCACCGCAGCAAAAGUCCACCAAUUGUAAGCGAAAACACAAAACAAAAAUAAAGUCAACUAGAAACCAUAUUUUCUCU